GAAAAAUUCUAAAGUUUUGCCAGCUUGUCUGCUAUUAGUGAUUGAAAAUGGAUCAACCAACGCACUGAAUUGUGACCCUCUUUGAAACAUAAAUUGGUGAAUUUCCAGUAAUGCUGACACAAUCUAUUCAUAAUUUCAUUGUAUUACUUGUGCGGCGUAUGUUUAUUUUGGUCCCCAUUCGUAUUGAUGUAUUCUAAAUAAAUAAGUAGUUAAUGUGAACAUAAUUGUUUUACUAGGAAUUUGACAUACUUUCUGGUUCUUGAAAUUUUUGAAAGGUUUCUUGUCACUUGUCUCAGUUGCUAUAGACUUUCCAAUGUUUGAGCAUUGAAGUAAAAUGGCGAUACCUGUAUCUGACUUCUGUUUUGGAAUCACUUGUAAGGUUGAACAACCAAUGGGGUUGGAUGGUGUGAUCUACAAAUCAUCAAAUGAAUGCACAUCAAGUAAUUUAAACAUUGGGCCUGAAGAAUAUAUAAAAAGGGUUUGAAUCACUUAAGACUGUACAUUGCCGCUCGAUUGAUUCUGAGUUCUGGAUAGAUGAAAAGUUGGUCUAGAAACAACAAUAUUUGCAAUUCUGCACAAAAUACAUCAAGAAUCAGCAAAAUCUAUCGGGUCAUACAAAAGUUAUUUAAGAAAUGUGACCUGAAAUUUUUCAUAGAAAUUCACUGCGACAAAAUCCUACGGAAAUAUCCGAGACCUCUAAUUUCGUGAUUACACUUUUGACCAUAACUUCUGAACGCCUGAAACAAUUUCGCUCGUUUCUCUCAUUCUGUUCACAUUGGAAGAAUUGAAUGGUGUAAAGCUGCUCCAAUCAGUCAAAUAUAGAUGUAAUGCUUCGACCGGUUUUUUAACAAUCCUCUAAAAAGACUUGAUUUUAAAACUAUUUUACUAAGGUAUUUUAACUCUUAACCUGUAUCAUUAAAGUAUUAUUCUAAAUUUAUCCAAUGCUAAUCAUUCACAAUCUUCCUUAAGUUAUAUCUAAUGAAAAAUGAAUCUGUCAGUAGAUUUAUCCUGACUUCACUUUCUACAACAGUCUUAAUGAUCUGUAUGUUGGAUAAAUAUACUGACUGAACCGUAUUUAGAAGCUUUCUGUAUCCUUUCUGUUGGUAUAUGUAUAUUAUUUUCAUCAGCUAUGGUUUUAAUGAUUUACAUCAAAGUCAAAUUUAUUUCUAUUUACCUUUUUUCUUCAAAUCAAUUUUGCAAAUCUGAUUAUUAUGUUAAUAAAUUAUUUGGAAACAUGCAUGUAAUAUUGUAUGAUUCCCUUUUGUAGAUAAAUAUAACUAUAAUGAUGGUCAUAUUGUUAGUGCUUAUAACCGUAAUAAUGGUGGUACAACUGUUAAGCGACGUCAAAUCUCAUCAGUACAAGAUUCUGAAGAGGGAAUGAAACCGUCGUGUGUUUUUUGCAACAAGACGUUUUCAACAAGAGCUGGACGAGACCGCCACAUUAAAAGCAUUCACAAAAGAAUAAAAUAUCCAUGUAUUCAAUGUGACAGAAAGUUUACAACCAAAUUCCAUUUAAUUGAACACAAGAAAGUUAUUCACCAAGGUAUUAAUCUUUCAUGUGAUAAAUGUGAUAGGAACUUCACUACGAAAUCUCAACUAAAUAGACACAUAAAAUCAGCUCAUGAAGGGAUAAAAUAUCCAUGUAAUCAAUGUAACAAAAAGCUUUCUACGAAAUAUGAUUUAUAUGUACACAAAAAAGUUAUUCAUGAAGGAAUAAAACAUCCUUGUAAUCAAUGUGAUAGAAAGUUUGGAACUAAAUCCAAAUUAAAUGACCACAUAAAAGUUGCUCACGAAGGUGUAAGUUUUCCAUGCGAUGAAUGUGGUAAAAUAUUCUCUUCGAAUGGCGCUCUUUGCAGACAUCUACAAUCAGUUCAUCAAGGAAUAAAAUAUCCAUGUAAUCAGUGUGACAGAUUGUAUACAUCUAGAUUUCAUUUAAAUGAACACUUGAGAGCUAAUCAUGAAGGUGUAAAAUUUACCUGUGAUCUGUGUAACAAAGAAUUUGCUUUUAAAGUAGGCUUAGAUGAACAUAACAAGAAUAUUCAUAAAGGAAUAAAGUAUCCAUGUGAUCAAUGUAGUAAAAAGUUUUCAUCUAAAUGCAUGUUAAAUAUCCACGUGAAAGCUAUUCAUAAAGGAAUAAAAUAUAUAUGUAAGCAAUGCGAUAGGAAGUUUAACUGUAAAUCCAAUCUAAACGGACAUAUGAAGUCUGUUCAUGAAGGUAUAACUUUCCAAUGUGAUAAAUGUGAUCAGAAAUUUACGGCGAAAUGCCAACUUAAUAGACACAUACAAUCAAUUCAUGAAGGAGUGAGGUUUACUUGUGAACAAUGCGACAAAAAAUUUACAAAACUGAGUACAUUACAUGAUCAUGUUAAAGUUGUUCAUGAAGGAUUAAGAUAUUCCUGUCAAUUCUGUGAGAAAUCAUUUUCAACAAAGAAGUACCUUAGAAAACAUGUGAGAAAUAAUCAUGAAAGAGAAGAAUCUUAAUGGGACCAAUGAAAGAUGAGAAAAACUUAAAUUUGGAACUCAUUAAAAGUGAACUCCUUCUACGUUCUGCAAUUUAUAUUCCAAUUUAUUAGUCAUAAGUUGUCUAAAGACUUAUUUAAUGUUUGUGAUAAUCGAGCCUCUUUGCAUCAUAUUCCAAUUGUAAUAAUAAAAAUUUAUUACUGAUUUAUCAAGCCUUGCAUUUUACCAAUUUCAUUAUUACUAUUUGGAAGUGAGAAUGAAUGAUAUGAUCUAGAACAACAAUGAAAGCUUCACAAUUUGACUAUCAAUCUGGAAAGACGCAAUACUACGAAAAGCAUCUAUUUGAUGAGCUAUGAAUCAUUUCAAGUUUCUUAUUAUCAUCAUCAUCAUUUGUUGUUUGUCACCUGACUACUUUGAAAUCAAAUGCUGUUUUUAGUAAACGAAUUAGUUUUAAUAAAAUAUACUACACCAACUGAUGUUUGUACUGAUAACAUACACAUAGGAAUAAUCUUGUCUUAUACUUAUUAUUUUUAUAUGUUUAUCGUCUUCAUUGUACAAUGAAGUCAUUGUUUAAAACAACUAAUUCCUUUAAUAAAUUUUGAUAAUGC